UGACGAAAAUUGACGACGAGACAUUUUUCCGUUUAAUUUUAAGAUUUUUCUUGAGCUAAAUAAUAAAAUUAAUAAUGUUUUUAAUAUAAUUUAAGUUGUAAAAGUCCAUGUUUCAAUACCUAUUCUAUGGUUUUUCAAAAUAUUUAUGUACAUACAUUAUAAAUAACAAAAGUAAGGAAACAUUGAUCCAAAAAGAUAAUAAAACAUGGCAAGCCCACGUACAAGAAGAGUUUUACAAGAGUUAAGACCAAGUGACGACAACGGGAGAUGUUUUGAAUGUGGAGCACAUAAUCCACAAUGGGUUUCUGUAACCUAUGGUAUUUGGAUAUGCCUUGAAUGUUCAGGAAAACAUCGUGGCCUUGGUGUUCAUUUAUCUUUUGUUAGGUCAGUUACAAUGGAUAAAUGGAAAGAUAUUGAAUUAGAAAAAAUGAAAGUUGGUGGUAAUAAAAAAGCAAAAGAUUUUUUUGAAGAUCAACCAGAUUGGAAUGAACGUUUACCAAUACAACAAAAAUAUAAUACAAAAGGUGCAGCAUUAUAUCGUGAUAAAAUCUCAACCUUAGCUCAAGGAAAAACUUGGAAUUUGAAGGAAGCUGAAAAACGUGUGUCAUCUGGUACCAAUUUUCAAACAUCCUCUAGUACAACAUCGUUAAGUUCCAUGAAUUCAAAAUCUUAUGGUGGAAAUGGCGGAAUAUCACAUUCUAAAAGCAGUGGGUCUAUUUCUAAUUCCCAGGCCUAUUCAGGAGGUUAUCAAAAUGACGGUAAUAAUUAUUCAGACGGCGGAUACCAGAAUUUUAAUAGCCAAGAAUUCCGUGAUACAAAGGAAGCUUUUUUUAUGAAAAGACAAGAAGAAAACUCAAUGAGACCUGAUAACAUUCCACCAAAUCAAGGCGGGAAAUAUUCUGGUUUCGGAUACACAAAAGAACCUCCACCUAAAAGUCAAUCACAAGAAAUUAUUGAUACCACUUUAUCUUCCUUGGCAUCUGGUUGGAGUUUAUUGUCCUCUGGAGCCUCGAAAAUAGCCCUAACUGCAAAAGAAAAAGCUUCGGCUUAUGGAAACCUGGCAAGUUCGAAAAUUAAAGAUGGAAAUUUGAUUGAUCCACAGUUAGUGAACACUGUGUCAGAUUCAGUUAGUUCAUUUGCUAGUAAGGUUGGUGAUAUUGGAAAACGCGGAUGGGGAAGUUUAGGAGGAAGUGCUGCAACAUCACCAACUGGAAGUGGAGGUGGAUAUUCAGGUUUCAAUGAAAGCUACCAAAAUAGCGAUAAUAAUGUUUAUCAAAGCGUUCAAUCUAAUAGUAAAUUAUCAUCACCAAAGUCCUGUAAUAAUGAUAAUAAUGAUUGGGGUUGGAAUGAUGAAUAUUGUAGUGGUUAUUCUUACCAAAAUGAUAAAUUUACAAAAUAUGUCGGUGAUGUAAAACCAAUAGCAAUAGAAGAGGAAUGGCAGGGUUUUGACACAAAUAAAUUAGAUGAACAGCAAAUAACGCGUCAACAAAAUAACAAAAUUUCAUCAGAAUAUAAAACGAAAAGCAGUAUGAAAUUACCACAAAAGGAUAGCUUAGAAGGAUUAGAUAUUAGAACAGCAAAAAGUAAAACAUCAACAGGAAAAAUUAAUAAACUUGAGGAUGAUGCAUGGAAUUUGUUAAACGAAUAAAAAAAUACUAAAAAAUGUAUGAAGAAAAUAUUAAAUAUGUAUUUAUGUUUUCCUUAAUUUUUUUAACACCAUAAAUUUUUAUUAAUUUAGUGGUUAUAGAUAAAUUUUUUACAUGUUUUUGUUGAAUUUUAAAUUCCAAAUGUAUAACAUUUUAUUUUUAUAUACUCUUAUCAAAACUA